GAGGAAGAACACCCUCCUCCUCCUCCUCCGGUCGCAUGUCCACCUGCCCCAGCCUCGUCUCUUCACUUAUUUUUGCAGGAACUUUAAACCAGCUUCAGAGUAAAGAAAGCCCCUGAACGCCUCUCAGGAUCGGAUACACGGGGGUCUGCUUCUGAUCUGCUGGGUUUACUAUGGCUGGAAGCACCAACAAGACUGUGCACGAUAUCUUCCAGAGCAUGGAGUCCGGACCAGCUGCUGCCUCCAGCACCAGCACUGCACAGGCCUGGUUGAACAACAACUCCCACCUCCUGGGUUUGUUCAUCGAUGGGAAGUCUGACGUUCCAGCAAACCGACCAAGCCGCAUGCUGACGGACUGUAAAGGCACUCAGCUGUGCAGCGCAGUGGUUGCAGUGGAGGAAGAUGUCUCAGUUUGUGCCUCCUCUUCUCUGAGCGGCUUCAGGACCUGGAGCGAGCUCAGCUGCUCUCAGAGAGCCAACGUAAUGCUCCGGAUGGUGGGGGUGCUUGGUCAGCACGGGGUGUGUGUGUCGGAGAUGUUUGAUCUGUGUGACGCCGCCUGCCCCCCCGCCUCCCUGGUCAGACUCCUGCAGUUCUACAGCAGCUGGGCUCAGCUCCGAGGAACUCUGAUCCCUGGCUGGACUCCUCUGGGUGUGGUGUUGGUGGUCGUCUCUGAUGACUGCUCCCUCUAUAACCUCAUGAUCAAAGUCCUGCCAGCCCUCGCCAUGGGAAACUCUGUGAUCGUGGUCCCGGGUCUCCGCACCGCCGCCCCGGCGCUCCUAUUGGCUCAGCUGUUCACGGCAGCAGGACUUCCUGCAGGCGCUCUUAAUGUGUUGACCGGAAGUGACCCGUCUCUGGGCGCUACAGUGGCCGCAAACCCGAGCAUCAGCUACGUCACGUACAGCGGGAACAAGCAGGACGGUGUGACUCUGUGCAAAGCGACAGCAGGGUUUGGGGUCCCGGUCUCCGUGUCCUCCAUCCUCGGCGCUCGAUGUCCGUUCAUCGUCUUCGAGUCGUCCGACAUCGACAGCGCCGUGGACGCAGUCAUCCAGAGCGCCUUCAACAAGAGGAGAGAGGUGCACUGGGUGCUGUGUGUGCAGGAGAGCGUUCAGGACCGGCUGGUGUCCCGCCUCAGACUCCGGAUGUCGGGCAUGAAGAGCGUGGGUCUGCAGAGCGAGGAGGAGCGGUUCCUGGUGGAGGCUGCAGUUCAGGAGGCCAGCAGCAGGGGGGCCACGUUGGUUCAGUCCUGUGCGCCCCCCCCCUCCGGAGCUCAGUACCCCCCCACGGUGAUCUGCGGUGCGGCCCCCUCCUCCCCCUUCGUGGUCUGCCCCCCACCCGGACCCCUGCUGCCCCUCCUCACCUUCAGGAGCAACUCGGAGGCCGUGACGCUGGCGAACCACAGUCCUCAUGGUCAGGCAGCGUCCAUCUGGACUGAAGAGCUCACUCUGGCUCUGGAGACAGCUAAGAGUGUGUGUGUGGGCUCAGUGUGUGUGAACUCGGUCUCCGUCUCGGACCCCUGCCUCCCCGUCUCCGGACACAAGGACAGCGGCUCCUGCACCGACGGAGGAGCGGAGGGUCUGUACCAGUUCCUCCGCCCGUCCUCCUCUUCCUCCCCCCCUCUCCCCCGCUCUUCCCGCCUCUCUAUGGAUUACUCUCACUUUGGAUCUGCUGCCCCCCCCGCCAUCAUCAUCCCGGAUGCCUCUGCCAGUGCCCCUAAGUCCCUCCCUCAGUUAGUGGGGGGGAAACAGUGUAAGUCGGUGUCGGGCUGCUGUGUGGAGGUUCAGUCAGCAGAGGGCGCCGUGUUGGCAGUUUGUCCUGACGGAGGACGGAAGGACGUCCGCAACGCCGUGGAGGCUGCGGCCAAAGUCCAGCCAGGCUGGAUGAAGAAGAGUCCGUCUGCACGCGCUCAGUCGCUCCUCUCUCUGGCUAAAGGCCUGGAGGGGAAGAGGCGGGACUUAAGUUCAUCAAUCGUCCAGACCGGCCUCUCAUUGGACAAGGCGGACGAGGAGGUGGAGCUUAGCAUCGCCAGGCUCAGCGAUUGGGCGGCUUACUGUGACAAAGUGCAAGGAGGAACUCCAUCUCUCCCUCUGUCCGGCUCUGCUCUCUCCCUCCCCGAAGCUCUGGGAGUUGUGGGAGUCGUCCUCCCCGAUAAAAACCCCCUUCUCUCUAUGGUCACUCUGCUCGGCGCCGCCAUUGCUUAUGGGAACGCCGUCAUCUUGAUCCCCAGUGAGAAGAGUCCACUUCCUGCCCUGACGUUCAUUCAGGUGCUCCAGGCCUCAGAUCUUCCUGCAGGAUUGGUGAAUGUCAUCACAGGAAGUAGAGAUCAGCUGACGGCCGCUCUGGCCAAUCACAGCGUCAUCAAGGCCAUCUGGUACUGGGGCAGCGCUGAGGGCGUUCAGUUCCUGCAGCACUCCUGCAGCUCUCCCCUGAAAACACUGCUGCUCUCCAGCCAGCAGAAAGGGGGAAAAGGGGCGAGAGACUGGACUCACCCCUCAGUGCUGGAGGAGAUGGGGAGGAACGCUGUGCAGUGGAAGAGCGUCUGGAUCCCCACAGCAUGAGGGGGAGAUACCUGCUGAUUAAAGGGGGGACACCUGCUGAUUAAAGGGGGGACACCUGCUGAUUAAAGGGGGGACACCUGCUGAUUAAAGGGGGGACACCUGCUGAUUAAGGGGAGACAUCUGCUUUUCAAAAGUGUCAAAAAACAAAAUUGGAGCCAAAUCAAAGAAAAAUAAAUAAAACGUGAAAUGUUGAAAUAAUGCAAUAUAAAUAUAUUAGUUUCUGUUUCCUUUAAUGUAGGUUUCUAUCACAUAAAAUAAAGGAGUAUGGAGCCUCCUGUAGGCUGUAUCCAAUGUCCUUUAAAAGAUCUCCAUAUUGUAUCAAGUAUUUAAAUUAUGUCUUCUUAUAACUUGACAUCAUCACCCAUUAAAAGAAGUGAGAACAAUUAUAAUGAAAUGGUUUUUUGGUUAUAUUAAUGUAAUGUUUCCUCGAAAUCAACUCCAGUUCAAUUAACAAUGGUGCAUUCAGGGACAGUAGGAAGUGAAAGUUACGGGAUUUAUUCAGCAGGUUAUGGGUGAGUGAGCAGAAUGAGAAAUAAAGAGAUUGAAUAUAUUAACGGUUCAAAUGUUCAAAUUUAAAAAUGAAGCACUUAAAAGAGACCGAUUUUACUGAAAGCUCAAAAAUACGUACUUUCAUGAAGGUCACAUGUGAUGUAGUUUAUUAUUCAUACCUGUCAGAAUAAACUACAUUAGCUGCGUCCUUUAUAAUGAAUGUUCUCUAACUUAACUGUAGUGGUACGCUUCUUUUUGUGUGUUUUUCCAGCAUAUAGUCGACACUGAAGGACAACUCACAGGCAGUAUUAGCUUUUAGGGGCUAGUCACGGUUAGAUCAGGUGUUUGCACAGCGUUUGUUGAUCAUAAAUCCAUUGUUAGAGCUAACUCAGUGACAUUAUGUGCCAAAUAUAUUAGGUAUAGGUCGACAGAACACCACACCAGCAUGACAAAAUGGCUAAAGAGAGAUGCUAUUCCUGCAGCGUGAACACAGGAUGAUCUCUACCUCUAGUAUAAGGGCCACAGGGAUGUAGUAUCAGAAUCAGAAAUACUUUAUUUAUCCCAAACUAGGAAAUAUUUUCCGUUGCAGGAGCGAAAUACAAAAAGAAGCAAAUCAAAUAGUAAAUAGUUAGAACUCAAAAACAAGAAUAUAAAAUAAAAAUCAAUGAAAAUGAGUUGGACCCUGAAGGCAGCAUCUCCCUGGUCCAAUGGGAUUUCUCCAUGUGAGAAUGCUGACUGGUGUGGGUUUAAGCACUUGCAGGUAGCUCUGGUUUAUUAAGUAUUCAGAAGACUUUAGAUAUGUCUACCACCAGAAAGCAGAGGUAAAAUAAAGUGUCUCAGUAUUUUUUUUAAUACAUUCCCUUUUUAAACCUUGAAACCUUGUCUGCCUUACAGGUCUUUCAAUGACUCAGCAAAAAAAGAUUGUCCAUGCAGUGUGAACUGUUUGUGUUUAUUACUGAACGAUAAGGCUGUAACACAUUCCCCCUGGAAUCUGUGUUUCCAGAGACAACUCUGUGGGUCCGACUGUCUUUAAGCCAUGAUUAAAAGAAGAUAUUUUAUUUCA